AUGCUUCUCAAGACCGUCCUCUUCGCUACCACUGCUUCGGCAACCUGCCUUCACGGCCUCUCCAUGUUCAAGCGUGCUGAGGGCGCUGAGGGUGCUGAGGUUGCCAAAUUUGGUUAUGGUCCUACCAACGGUCCCUUCAACUGGGCUUCUCUCGCUCCCGAGAACGAGGCCUGCAAGACCGGCAAGAACCAGUCUCCCAUCGACAUUGAUGCCACCAUUGCUAAGGCUGCUGCUAAGCCCCAAAUCUCCGUCCCCAAGGUCGAUGAGGUCCUCUUCGAGAACUUGGGCACGACCAUUGAGGUCGUAACCAACGGCACCACCACAAUCGGCAAUGACUCCUUCCAGCUUGUCCAAUUCCACAUGCACACCCCAUCCGAGCACCACGUCCUCGGCGAGUACUACCCUCUUGAGCUCCACAUGGUCCACCAGGGUGUUGCCGACAACACCAAGCUGGCUGUUGUUGCCCUCAUGUUCGAAGUCUCCGCUGGCAGGUCCUCCUCAAUCAUCUCUUCCCUCUCCUCUUCCCUCUCCAAGAUCGCCACCCCCGGCAGCACCACCAUGAUCAAGGGCGGAAUUAACUACAGCGAUGUCAUCUCCACCAUUGAGAGGUCCGAUGUCCUCACCUACUCCGGUUCCCUUACCACCCCUCCUUGCGCCGAGGGUGUCACCUUCAUGAUCGUCAAGCAGCCCCUUGCCGUCAGCGUCGCCGACUACACUGCCAUCAAGAAGAUUGUCAAGUUCAACUCUCGCUUCAUCCAGAACACCCUUGGCCAGGACAACAUGCUCCAGGUCGGCGCCGUCUCUGGCACCUCCAACGCCACCAAGCCCGCUGCCCCAGCUGCUCCCGCCAACGCCUCCGAGGUAUGUCCUUAA